AUUCCUUUGAUCAUAAAAUUUACAUAUUCUAUUUAUUUUCUGAUCUCGAUAAUUUUUAAUUUCACUAAUUUCUUUUCUAACAUUUUGUUCUAAUUUUGAUAAUUCAAGCUAUCUAUCUUCGUUUUCGCAAACCCUGAAAACCUUCUUUUAUUAAUUAAAAAUAUGGAAUCUGCGGUUGUUUCUGUUUUGGACUCGUUGAUUAAAUCCGAAGAAGUAAAGGGAGUACUAAUAGCAGAUGAGCAUGGUUUGUGCCUAGGAGCAAAAGGAAUAGUAAAUCCAAAUUCAGCAGGAUUCAUAUCAGCAAUUGCAACACAUGCAAAAUCUUUACAUGAUGAUCCAAAUAUACAAGCUCCUAUUAUAAAAAUUGAGACUGAGAAGUUGACUAUUUUAAUUCAAAAUAAUGGAAAUUAUACAUUAGCUGUAUUUAAGUAAAUAUUUUAUUUCUAUAAAUUUAAUUAAUAAAUUUUAGUUAUUUAAAAUCAUUUUCUUAUAGAUAUUAAAAACAUUAAUUUUAUAUUUGUUAAAUACAAUAAUUUUAGAUAAAUAAUUAAUAUUAUAAAAUUUACAUUUUUAUAAAUAAAUCCAAU